AUGUCUUGGGAUAAAAAUGCUGAAGUGAUGGCUCAGAUUCUUAGCACCCACAUGGCAGUUCACACUUCUGUUCAGGCCUCUAAUGAGAAGCUAGGAAGAAAGAGUAGUCAGGACCUGGGAGGGAAGAUAUUCACAACAAGGCUAUCUACCCUAAAGCAGUUCCCUACCUCUCUGUUGGCAGGCUUGUUAGAUGGCAGAGACCAAGAAUUCAAGACAGUUGAUGGCCAGAUUUUUGUUGAUAGAGAUGGUGCUUUGUUUAGUUUCAUUUUAGAUUUUCUGAGAAAUGAGCUUGUAUUCUCUGACUUUUCAGAAUAUUUUAGGCUUCAGAGAGAAGCUCUUUUCUGACUUGAUUCUCUUGUUGAUCUCUUAAGCCAGCACCUGCUACAAUCAAGACCUGCUGUCAUGGAGGUGCAUUUCCUAAACCAAAAUAAUCCAGCCUUCUUCAGAGUGUUUAGCUUUUGUAGCAAAACAAUUGAGCUGCUAACUAGGAGGAUUACAGUGUUUGUAGAGCAACCUGCAGCACUGCCCCGGAGCAGUAACCCCUUCCCUCCUCAGAUGACUUUACUUCCACUGCCUCCACAAAGACCUUCUCACCAUGACCUGGUUUUCUACUGUGGCUCUGAUGGCAUUAUUGAAAACCACACUGGAGUCAGGUACAUAUCCAUAAAGCCUGAUAACAAAAAAAUGACUAAUGGAACAAAUGUCUUUGUCUUGCUGAUUGAUACUUUAUUAAAGGAAGGCUUUCAUCUGGUCAGCACUAGAACCUCAGCCUCUGGAGACAAAAGUGAAUGCUAUGUCUUUGAAGGGAUCCCUGGGGGCAAUAAAACACCCAAACCAGAAACUACUACCAUACCAGCAUCAUCUCAGAAAUGACUGUUAAAGAGACAGUGAGGGGAAAAUGCUCUUUGUUUGGAAGCUUCAUACUUGGAGCAUGUAUGUUAGUCAGAGUUGUACUUAGUUUGACUUUGGAUGUUCUCUCCUAUCUGCCUUCUUGCUGCUGGGCAAACCAGGCCCCAGCAGUGCUUAAAGCCACCCUGCAUGCUCUUUCAAAACAACACUGUACCUGUGCUUUAGCACUUGCUCCUUUAAAGCCUUUUGCCAUGAAAUCUCAUAACUUCUAAAAAUGGGCUCUGGACUUGGACUGUGUCUGAUCCUAGUUUGGUCAUUUAUUAGCUAGGUGACUUAAGGCAUUUAACAUUUUUGUGUUUCAGCUUUAUCUAUUAACUAGGAACUCCCUCAUAGGUUAUGUGUGUGGUGGUUAAGGGGAACAAAGUUCUUAUUGUUGCCUGGCAUGUGGUAGGUACUCAGUAACUGUUAAUAAUGAUAAUGAUCAUGGGUCACUUACUUUCAAGCCCAUCUCUUUUCUGAGGCCUCCUUUUCUUCUUGCCCUUUUGUUUACCUGCAGUGUCAGGGAUUGAACCCUCAUGCAUGCAAUGUGUGCAUAUGACGACUUGUACCCCUCAGCAGCUGAUCAUUCUGCAUAG